AUGACUGCACAUGUACUGAUGGUGCUUUCGGCACUUUAUGAAAUGCGCCAGAAUUACAGGCUAGAUGUAGGUCACGGCACUGGCUACUUUAGCUGGUUGAGGAACACUAUUCAAUUCAGAUUCAGCCUGGAAUUUUAUUUCUGGUUCCAGACAUUUCUGUUUACAAUUGAGGAAAUUAAAAAGGAUCCCAAUAUUCUGUCAAACAUGACAUUAGGAUUCCAAAUGUAUAACACGUGCAAUAUGCCUCACUUUGAAUUACAAGGAGCUUUACAGUUCCUGACUGACUCUAGUAGUACCAUUACCGACAACCAAUGUAAUUCGAGAUCUCUGUUCUCUGCCGUUAUUGGUUCCACAACUUCAGUCAAUUCAAUCAUCUUGGCUCAUGUUUUGGGGGCCUUCAGAUACCCACAGGUCAGCCCAUUUUCCAGUGUUUCCCUUUUAAGUAACAGGAAAAUGUUUCCAUCCUUCUUUAGGACUUUCCCGAGUGACAAGUUCCAGUCUAAUGGAAUGGCUGAGCUUAUUCUCAGCUUUGGCUGGACCUGGAUUGGUCUUGUGGCUGUUGACAAUGAUUACGGCCUUCAGGGAAUUCAGCCAAUAAAGGAAGAAAUAGUCAAGGCUGGAGCAUGUGUGGCCUUCAUGGAAUAUAUCCGCCUUGGCCAAACAGAUAACAAUGCCCCAUAUGUAGUAAAGACUAUAAAAGAAUCCACAGCUAUGGUUAUAGUUGUUUUUGCUAUUGGAGCUGACUUGGUUCCUAUUUUGAAUGAGAUGGUGAAGCAGAAUGUCACAGGGAAGACUUUCAUUGGGAAUUUGGAUUGGGCCAGGUCCUUGUUAUUGUCUGUAAGUGCUUAUUCUACUAUUUUAUCUGGUAGUCUAAAUUUAGCCUUCAAUGAUUAUGUUGUCCCAGGAUUAAGUCAAUUUCUGGUCAAGAUAGACCCAUCUACAUCUGAAGCAUCAAAAUGGACCAAGAUGUUUUGGGAGACAGUGUUCAACUGCAAAUUUCUUCCUGAGAAUCAAACUAUUUCUUCAGAGAACCCAGUAAAGAUUUGUACGGGAUCAGAACGUCUAGGAGAUAUUAUGAACAAUUCCAAGUAUAUGUCUGGCUUGCAAUUGACUUAUGCUAUGUUUGCUGCUGUCCAAGUUAUUACCAAAGCUUUAGAAGAUCUGAGAAGCUGCAAAAUAGGUGAAGGACCAUUUUUUUAUGGGACAUGUGCGAACAUUUGGAACUUCAAACCAUGGCAGCGUGGACUGGAUACAGUAAAACCAUCUGAAACCCAAUGCUGUGCCUUGAUCACUGCAACCGACCCAGAACUGACUCAGCUCUCUUACUAUAUACGGAGGGUCCGGCUUAACAUUAAUGUGGACAAUGAGAAAUAUUUUGAUUACAAUGGGGAUCCUCCUGGAGACUACGCCAUCAUCAACUGGCAGCUGAAGGGGGAUGGGACCCUGACCCAGGUUAAGAUAGGCAGCUAUAAUAGUAAAGGCCCUUCUUCUCGGACUCUAACCCUGGACACUAGUUUGAUUGCGUGGAAGUCGGGGAGUAAACAGGUCCCUUCCUCAGACUGUAGUGACAGGUGCAUCAUGGGAUUCAGAAAGGUCGCCCUGCAAGGGAAACCAUCAUGUUGUUACGCCUGUGUUCCAUGUCUACAGGGGGAGAUCUCAAAUCAGACAGAUUCCUUGAAUUGCUUCAGGUGUCCAUGGGACCAAUGGCCAAAUCCUGAAAAAUCCAGGUGCCUCCCUAAACCCACAGAGUGCCUGUCUUAUGAAGAUAUAUUAGGAGCCAGCUUAGCUGCUAUCAGUAUAACGUCUUCGAUAUUUCCAGCUCUUAUCUUAGGGCUUUUUUUUAAUGGCCGGAACACACCACUCGUGAAAGCCAGCAAUUACUCCCUAAGUUGUCUUCUACUGAUAUCUCUCAGUCUCUGCUUCUUCUGCUCCUUAGGAUUUAUUGGUUACCCUGAUCAUGAUAAAUGUCUUCUACGUCAGGUGUCUUUUGGUCUGGUAUUCACUCUCUGUGUUUCAUGUAUAUUGGCCAAGACGAUCGUGGUGGUUUUUGCUUUCAUGGCCACAAGACCUGGGAGCAGUCUAAGAAAAUGGACCAACCUAAGAGUCUCCUACUCAAUCAUUUCUAUCUGCAUUCUUCUACAAUUAUUAUUGAGUAUCACUUGGAUAUCAGUGGCUCCUCCAUUCCCACAAUACAACACUGAAGAUAAACCAGAGCUUAUUAUAGUCGACUGUAAUAAUGGGUCACCCAUCGCCUUCUGGGCCAUGCUCGGCUAUCUAUUUCUUCUGGCUACUAUUAGUUUUAUAGUGGCCUUCUUGGCAAGAAAACUGCCAGACAGUUUUAAUGAAGCCCAGUUUAUAACAUUUAGUAUGUUGGCCUUUCUGUGUGUUUGGAUAUCUUUUAUUCCAGCCUAUCUCAGCACCCAGGGUAAAUAUACAGUCGCCAUGGAGGUAUUCGCCAUCCUGGCAUCUAGUUGGGCAUUGUUGAUAUGUAUGUUUUUUCCUAAAUGUUUCAUUUUACUGUUCAGACCAGAGAUGAAUUCCAAAGACUAUCUCACUAUGAGGAAUAAGGAUAAAGAAACAACAAGCAGAUUAUAG